AUAUGAAAUGACUUAUAUGUAGAAAUCCAGUUGCAAUUGAAUAAAAAUAAAACUAACAAUAAGUCCUUUACACUUUACUCCUUAAUAUUUUGUCAGAUAUAGAAGCCACUGUUUCCCAUCGUCUCUGCAAUCAAUACAAUGUUUACCACUUCGUUUAAGUACAUAUUUGAUGUUCAAAAUUUCUCUUAGUGUUUCUAUGCUUAGGCUGUUCAUUUGAUUUCAUAAAAUUCAUGUGGCUUAAUACUCUGUCCACAUCAGCAAGCGUAUUUUGUUACAAAAAAAUAAUAAUGCUAUAUUAAACGUAUGCUUCGGUCCAGCGGUGGUGUAUCUUAUACCCCAGGUGAUAUUUCUGUACGUGUAUCUUACAUUUGGCAGUAGUAACAGUGUUACCCAUGCAUGUAAUGUCUUGGUACGCUCCACUGAGUUAAUGAUUAUGAGAUGUGUACACACAUGUUAUUUGUGUCUGUAGUUGUGCAUACCCCCCAUAUAAAUGAUUUUUCCAUAUAAAUCAUUUCAUAUUUACACAUAUUUAUGCGAUUUUCCGUUUUAGAUACUUUUACACUUUUAAUUAGUGCUUUUAACAAGUUUUAAUUAGUAAGCCUGUUUCUCCCUCUCGCGAGGAAUGGAGGAAAUGCAUAACAUAUAAAGGGGAACAACUUCAUAACAAGUACAAAGUACAUCAUUUAACGACUUCGAUAUAAUUGUUAAUCGGACACUGACUGAUUCCAUGUGACGAUCGAGAAUAUCACAUGUAAUUGGCAUGAAAGCAUUGUUUCCAUCAGAUGACAUCAUCAAUAUUCACCACCUUUUAAAGACUGAAAGAAAAUAUUGUACAGAAGAGAUUUAAGAACUCCAGAGAAUUCCAGUGAAAUAUUUCUUCUCAACUGAGACUGAUUGCAACGCUUCUCUUGUGAAAUGUUUGGAAUGUCUUCAAGAUUAUUUUGUACUGAAGUUAGACUUCAUUAACUUUAAAAGGAAUCUUAGAGUGUUUUCGGAUAUCAAGAAGGAUUACAGUUGAUGGAAAGAGAGCAGUUGCUAUAAUUUGUUAAGAAUAAGUUGUAGGACAAGAACAAAAAUUAUAUCCACAUAUGUUGGGAAGAGUGAAAUAAAAAAAUAGACGGACAGGUUAUUUAAGAUAGUUGAAGAAUAUAAUUUUAUUCUGAAGAGAUGUCACAAAAGAAACCACAAUCAACAUAUCAGUGUGAUAUCUGUAAAAAGACUUUCGCUCAUAAAUGUAAUCUAACUACUCACAGGCGUAUUCACACAGGAGAGAAGCCAUUUCACUGUGAUAUCUGUGAUAAAUCAUUCUCUCAGAGAACUACCUUAGCUUUACACAAACGUAUUCAUACAGGGGAGAAGCCAUUUCACUGUGAUGUCUGUGGGAAAUCAUUUUCUUAUGUAUCUGGCUUAACUGUACACAAACGUAUUCAUACGGGAGAGAAGCCAUUUCACUGUGAUAUCUGUAGUAAAUCAUUCUCUCAAGGAACAGCCUUAACUGCACACAAACGUAUUCAUACAGGAGAGAAGCCAUUUCGCUGUGAUAUCUGUGGUAAAUCAUUCUCGCGAGUAUAUAACUUAACAGUACACAAACCUAUUCAUACAGGGGAGAAACCAUUUCGGUGUGAUAUCUGUGGCACAUCAUUCUCUUAUGUAACUGGCUUAACUGUACACAAGCGUAUUCAUACAGGGGAGAAACCGUUUCAGUGUGAUAUCUGUGGGAGAUCAUUCUCUCAGAUAAUUGCCUUAACCGUACACAAACGUAUUCACACAGGAGAGAAGCCAUUUCACUGUGGUAUUUGUGGUAAAUCAUUCUCUUACAAGUAUCUCUUAAUGGAUCAUUGUCGUAUUCAUACAGGUGAAAAACCAUUACACUGUGGUAUCUGUGGUAAAUCAUUCUCCGUAAAAAGCAGCUUAAUUGCUCACAAACGUAUUCACACAGGAGAGAAGCCAUUUCAGUGUGAUAUCUGUGGUAAAUCUUUCUUGAGAAGCAAUAAUUUAACUAGACACAAACUUGUUCAUACAGGAGAGAAGCCAUUUCGCUGUGAUAUUUGUGGUAAAUCAUUCUCUAUUGAUUAUGUCUUCAUUCGUCAUCAACGUAUUCAUACAGGUGAAAAACCAUUUCGCUGUGAUAUCUGUGGGAGGUCGUUCGCUGUCAAAACCAGCUUAACUUCUCACAAACGUAUUCACACAGGAGAGAGGCCAUUUCAUUGUGAUGUCUGUGGUAAAUCAUACUUUACAAGCAGUAAUUUAGCUAGUCACAAACUUAUUCACAGAGGAGAGAAGCCACUUCACUGUGACGUCUGUGGUAAAUCAUUCUCUUUUAAUUAUCUCUUAAUUGACCAUCAUCGUAUUCAUACAGGAGAAAAACCAUUUUGCUGUGAUAUCUGUGGCAGAUCAUUUUCUAUAAAACGCACCUUAACAAGUCACAAACGUAUUCACACAGGUGAGAGGCCAUUUCAGUGUGAUAUCUGUGGUAAAUCAUUCUCUCAAAAGUGUAACUUAACUCAACAUCUAUCUGUCCAUACAAAAGUGUGACUAUGCCAUUGUCAAAAUUCAUUGCGUCUCUGAAGAACCGGCAAUUUCACAUCUGUAAAGCCUUCACUUGAAUCAUACUCAUCAUUGUUCUUUUUAUGAGGUACUAUUUUCUGACCACAUUCUGUGUUUGUAGCCCUUUUAAAAGCCUGUUACAACAUACACAGAUAUGAUGUUCUGUUUAUAUCCAGCAAAAAAAGCAUGCAAAAAUAAACUUUAUUUUCCAUCUUA